AUGUCGACACCGUCACAAACGACCCCGGCGUCUGCUUCGAACUUGAAUUCGUCACAAACGACCCCAGCGUCCACUUCUAACUUGAAUUCGAAUUCGACUUCGACUUCGACUUUGAACCCAGACUCGAAUAUCACCACCACCACCACGACAUGGUAUCCAUGCGGCCUCCUCAACGGCCACGCAACCCACCCUUACGCCAUCAUCAUCCUCAACCAGCCGAUGAACCCGAACGCGCUGGACGCCGUGAUUGACGGCGCUGCGGUCCUGGUGUGUGCCGAUGCCGGAGCCGAUCGGCUGUACAGGUACCAGAAACAGUAUCAGUCCCAGAAUCAGUCCCAGAAUCAGAAUCAAAUUCGAACCAAGGUUGAUCAUGAUGAGUCCACCAAGUCGCGGGCGAAAGACCAGCCUAAAGACCACGAUCACGAUCCGGACCAGAAUCAGAACCAGAACCAGUCAUCACAAAAGCACCACCACAGCCCCAGCCACAGUCACCGUCGCAAUCGACUCCCCGACGCUAUCAUCGGAGACCUGGACUCGCUCAGUCGUGUCGUCGAAGAGCACUACCGCAGCCGCGGCGUCACCGUCAUUCAGGAUCCGGACCAGUACUCCACCGACUUUACGAAAUGUCUCAAAUGGAUCCGGCGGUGGUGUGUGGAACAGCAACAGCAACAGCAACAGCAUCAGCAUCAGCAUCAGCAUCAGCAACAACAUUACAAUGAUACUAUUAUGGAUGUCGUCGUCAUAGGUGGCCUGGGCGGUCGUGUCGACCAAGGCUUCUCGCAAAUUCACCACCUAUACAUGGCCGAGACCGACCCCAACCUCCUGCAAGGUCGCAUUUAUCUCCUGUCCGAACAAAGCUUGUCAUUUGUGCUAGCUAACGGCGACAACCUCAUCCACGUCGAGCCCGGCUAUUUCGAAGAAAACGUCGGCAUCAUCCCCGUGCUUGGUCGCUCCCUGCUCACCACCCACGGUCUUGAAUGGGAUGUGGAGCAGUGGCCCACCCAGUUCGGCGGACAGUUGAGUACCAGCAACCACAUCCGAUCUGACGAGAUACAAAUUGCAUUUCAAGGUCCAAGACCACUCUUCACCAUGGAACUGGAUAAACGGUUUGCCCGGGGAGAGUAG